GGGGAGGCCACUCCCCACCUCCACCCCGCGGACCUUGGAGCUAGGGCCUGGCUACACUGUGGCUCCUCUCCAUAGAAAAUGUUUUCCCUGGGGUCCUGGCUCCCGGCAUUGCCCGGGCUGGCGUGGGGUUGGGCACUGCUGGAUGCGCUCCUGCAAGGGCUGGUGGGUGCCUGUGCCGUCUCGGUGCUCUGCAGCCUCCUGAAGGUUUAUCUCUACAUCCAGUGUGCAAAUAACCCCGAGAGGCAGGCGGAGAAGGAGGCGAUGGCGGCGCGGCGACCGCUGCUGGAGCCGCUGCACGUGCUGGUGCUGACGGCUGCCCUGGCCCUGGUGGGCUCCCGCGUGGCCGCGCUGGUGGUGCUGGAGUUCUCCCUGCGCGCCAUCUCCACCAUCUUCUCCCUCGGCAAGGGCGCCCACAGCAGCCAGCUCUACCUGCUGUGCCAGUACUCGCUGGGCUGCGGGGUGUCCUGUGGCCUCAGCUUCCUGCUGGAGGGGGCUCCGCACCGCACCUGGAACCUGGCGCUGGCGGCGGGGCUGGCGGGGCUGCUGGCGCUGCACGCCCGGCGCCUGGCCCGGCACGUCUGCGCCCUGUACGAGCUGCACAGCCGGCAGCGCUACUGCGGCGUCUGCAUCCUGCUGCUGGCCGCGGGGCACGGCAUCCCGCGCCUGCUGCGCAACGCCUUGGCCAUCACCUUUGCCGUGGCCGACCUGGCUGCGGUGGAGCUCAUCAACCGCGACUUCCUCUCCACGGGCGAGGCCGUGCGCUUCUGGACCCCUCUGACCAUCUGCUACACCCUGCUGGUCGUCUACAUGCAGGAGGAGUCCCGGCAGAGCACGGGCAGGGGGCCGGCGUUCCGGACCGUGGUGGUGCGGAUGGGCGGCCUCUUCAUCCUCCUCCUCACCGUGGGCCGAUGGACUGACAUCCUACACGUCUUCGUGUCGCUGCUGGGGGAGCUCUGGUGCCUGCUCCGCUCCGGGGUGCUGCUGGAGUCCUGCUGCAGGCAGGAUUUUGCCCAGCAGCCUCACGUGGAUCGUCUGGCGGGAUCCGGAUCGGAGGAGGCGUCCCGAUGAGCUGCAGGGUGGAACCGGACUGCAGAAACUCAGGGUGGCUUCGCUGGGC